GGUGGUCGCCAUUUGGGAAGCCGGGUUCCAAGCCACAAUCAAUAACAGAGCUAACUGCUAAUACAUUCUAUUCAUUGAAGCUAACUCUGCUGAAGACCAUCAGCUCUUGCUUGCCCCUCCACAUUUUAGCCUCACCCAUCAAGCUUUGACACACCGAGUAGCAUCUUAACAUACAUUAUAAGAUCCCAGAAGGUCACGGCAUCCUUGCGCGGACCCCGCUCGCAAGCCGAAAAGCCAUCGUGACUCUGCGACUUCUCCCAGGCGCCCGCCGAGUAACAGCCUCGUAUGCCAAGCUCAACAGACUUGUGACGCCGCACCCUGACGGCCCGCACUACCGACGCUCGCACGCGAACAUGGGACGCGGUCGCAUAUCUAAUACAGGCAUGAACCGUGCCGAAAGCCGGACACAGCACCAGGGCAAUCACUUGUGCCAGCCGGCCCUGGCCGCGGCCCACCACCAGCGCCAGGCUGCCCGCUGCCCCACGCAGCCGCCGCAGCCCCAGCAGGCCGCUCACGCACCGCGCCGCCGACAGCAGCAGACGCGGACACAGCAGCCCCAGCCGCAACAGCACCACCAGCGGCCGCCAUCAGCAGCGGCCCACGGCCGCCAUACAACCGCCGCAGCGUCUGCCAGCAACGCCAUCGUGUUGCCCAUUCUGUUGCUGCUCCUGGCGGCGCCCAGCCUGCGCCGGACCGCGGCCGCCCAAGUCGUGACGGACGCCUCCACCCUGGAGUCAUCCAUAGUGUCCGCCAUCCGCACUGACAUGCUACGGCAAGAGGCGGCUGCCGCCACGGCCGCGGCGCUGGGCCACCGGCGGCGGCUGACACAAGCGGUGGGUGAGCCGGGCUUUGGCCUGCUCCCAAGCGAGCAGGGCGAUGAGCAGCAGCAGCAACAAGAGGAGGGCGGCUGGUGGGGCUACGUCGAGCCUCAGGCCUUGCAGCGACAGCAGCACACGGCGGCACACGACGGUGCCGUCACCGUGCAUGCCACCGCCGCGGCCACCAGCACAGCCGACAGCGAUGCCCAGCAUCAGCAGGAGACCCGCAGCGCUGCUGACGCCGCCAUUGAUGAGCUGGACGCGGCCACCGCGGAGCUGGCUGGAGAUGUGGCUUACUGGCGCGACGACACGAGUAGCAGCAGUAGCAGCAGUAGCAGCAGCACCAGCACCAGCACCAGCACCAGCGGUGGCAGCAGCAGCCCCGAGGAGGUGGUGGACCACUGGAUGGAGGCGCGCAUCAUGCAGCAGCUCAUCACCGCCAUGAGCACCAACACGGGCACCUACGGCACGUACCCGCCCCCGGCUACUCCCAGCCCCACACCCAGCCCCACUCCCAGCCCCACACCCAGCCCCACUCCCAGCCCCACUCCCAGCCCCACUCCCUCCUCGCCUUCCCCGUCUCCGCCCAGCCCUUCGCUUCCCUCUCCUUCGCCCUCUCCCUCGCCCUCCCCAUCGCCCGCCCCAUCGCCCUCCCCCGCUGCCAACACAAACACCACCAACAGCAGCAGCACUGUGGACGUGCCUGCCGGCUCCACCACCCAGCUGUUCGCCUGGACGCCCGUGUUCCCCAGCCCCGCCAAGCUCCAGGCCAUGUCCCUCAGCGUGCUGCAGUCCCUCGGUGCGUCCAGCGGCAGCAACGUGACCGUGACCGUGUUCGCAGCCUUUGUCUCCACCGUCUACCGCCUGCGCCACGGCGGCUCCAGCAACAACAACAACGGCGGCGGCAGCGGCCGGCGCCGCCUGGCCCAGACAGCAGGGGCCAACUCCACUGCCAGCAUCAACAGCACGGCGGUGGCGUGUGUGACCUGCAACGCCACCACGGAGGCCGCCAUGGCGGCGGCGCUGUGCGCCCAGCUGGGCCUGACUGACUGCAGCCGCGUGGCCGUGUCGUGCCUCAACGCCUCCCGGGCCACCGCCGCCUCCUCCUCCUUCCCCGCGCUGCCCGCCUCCGGCACCAGCGACGCCGUUGCCAGCGACUGCUCCGUGGCGCACAUGUCCGCAGUCUUCCUGGUCAGCAACUCCACCGAGCAGGCGCAGCUGACGCUGUCGCUCCUCACCACGCCCAUCGCGCCCACCGCGGCGCUGUCCGCGGCCGGCCUGGGCAACAUCACCUCGCCGCAAACGCCCGCUGACACGGCUUUCUCAGCCCUGCUCAAGGUCAGCAUUACCAACGCGCCCAAGGCACUCAGCGCCACCGGCAGCACCUCCACCAGCAGCACCAGCUCACUCUCCGUCAGCGACGCCGUGGUCGCUGCCAGCCUGGCGUCCGUGCUGGGGCUCAGCGCCGGCCAGAUUUCCAUCGCCAGCGCCGCCCCCGGCACCAACUCCACGGGCGCCGGCAGGAGCGGCCUCGGCGGCGGCGUCAUCUCCAUCCCGCAGGCGGGCGUUGACACCAGCGCUGUGGUACCCGGCUCGCAGACCGGCCCCGGCUCCAGCGACUCCAGCUCCUCUUCAGAGUGCAACCCCAGCUUCGCCAGCCUUUGCGGCGGCGCCGCCGUCGGUGCGAUUGUCGGGGUGUCCUUUGGCGCCGUGGCCCUGGUGGGCGCAGUAGCGCUGCUGGGCUUUGGCCUCCUCUCGCGCGGCCGCUACGGCUCCGACCCCGGCAGCAGCACCCGCUGGUCCGUGCACAACGGCCUGUCGGAGCGCACGCCCGUGACCUCCAUGCGCCACAUCAGCAUGCCAGGCGAGGGCACCGCCGCCUCCGCAGUCGACAGCCGGCUGCCGCCCACCAACGCCGCCCACGUCUCCGGCGGCGGGCACUACAGCCCCAGCCCCAGCAUCAUUAGCCCGGUCGUGGUGGGGCCCGAUGGCGCGCUGCUCACCGCGAGCAGCAGCACCGCAGCGGCGCGGUCGCUGUCGACGCUGUCGGCGCCGGGCGUGAUGCACGCGCGCGGCAGUGCCGUGAUGUGGGAGCCCUCGCCCUGGCGCCCCGGCUACGUGCUCGGCGGCGCGGCGCCGGCGGCGGGGUCACCGCCGCCCACGCACCUGCCGCCGCUGUCACCCAACGCCCGCGCCAGCCUGGCCGCGUCGCUGUACGCCUCGCUGCCGACACACGCGCCGGGCCAGGUGGCCACGCCACGUGCGGAGGCCGCCGCCGCCUCCGCCUCCGGCGGAGCUAGCAGCGGUGGCGGCAGCGGCAUUGGCCGCUACAGCCUUGCCGCCGGCGACGUGCCUGCCGGUGCGGUCAUGCACCACACGCCCGCCCACGGCGGGCCACACCAGCCUGAACAGCGACAGGAGGCCGGCGCGGCGGCGACGGCCCCAGGCGACGCCGACCGGGCCAGUCCUGCCGACACGGCGGCGCUGAUGGAUGCCUACCGCCGGCUGCUGCACGCCAGCCCCGGCAGCAGCGCCGGCGGCGCCGCCAGCCCCGCCAUGACCAUGGCACCCACGGGCAUCCACCUAGGCACUCGCGUGCUGGACGGCUCCGCCAGCGGGGCCUCGCCUAUGCUGCCGGUGCCGCCGCGGCAAGCCUUGCCGCCGCAGUACGCGCGUCUGCGCAUGGACACAGCCACACCCACGGUGGUGACCAGCGGCAGCGGCGGCAGCUUCCUGGCCGCUGGCGGCGUCAUGUCGCCCACGCGCGCCUCGGCCGCCGCCUCGGCCGUCGCGGCAACGCCGCUCAUGCAGAGCAUCAACGCCCUGUCGGCGGCCGGCGGCGCCGGCGCCACCGCACAGGUAGUCGGCACCACUCCUGACGGUGGGCUGCUGCUGGCGGUGCGGCCGUCGCAGAUGUCACCGGCGUCGCUGGCGCCCACGGCGCCAUCGGUGGCGCCCGUGCACGGUCGCGGACCGCGCGGCAUUCGCGGCGCGGCUGGCUACAGCAGCGCCGCAGUCGCCUCGCCCUCGUCUGCCGGCGGUGAGGCCGCCACGGCCGCCGCAAUCGCCAACUAUUACGCGGCGCGGGCUAGCCUGGCGAGUCUGGCGAUGCAGGGGCAUGCGCUGCAGAUGGCACAGCCCUCACCACUGUCCCGGUCGGUGGGCCCGGCAUCGUCCGUGGGUGGCGGCAGCAUGCAUUCGCACUCGCCCUCAUCCUCGAUGGGUGGUGGCGGCGGCAGCGUUGCGGGAGCGUUUGGCGGCGCACGGCAGCGCGUGGUGCCGCUGGCGCCGGCUGCGGGUACGGCAGCCCCGCCUGCUGCCCCGUAGAAGCGGGCGGCGCGGUGUGAGCCCGCUAUGAUGACAGGUCGCAGGAUGGCGUUGGUUCCGUGUGUCGUGGUGUUUGUGGCCGCUGUGGGUGCGUUCGGGACUGGGGCUGUUGUGAAACUUCAUCCGUUGAACACUUGUGUGCGGGGUUGCCGCACACUACACACUGAUGUGUUUAAGAUAAUAAACGCACUGCUACGGCAGCGCUCUUAGUGCUUCAUAAACGGGGAUGGAGUUAUUUAACAAAAGCGCUAGCUGCGCGCGGUAACCUAGAUUGCCACAUGAAUGCCGUGCCCUGAUGCUGAGCUGACCCGUUUGACAUUUUACUUGCUCUUGCGGAUGCACAGAUGGAAGGUUCUUAGUCCACCCGAGGGAUGCCCCUCAUAUUCAUCCGAGUUACGUACUGAGACUUUCUAGUCCGUGCGUUACCAUAAGUGCAUAGUGUGCCCGUACCGUACGCGUGACAUGUGCGUGCAUCGCCUGCCCUCACACCACUUUGUGUGCAUGGACCGCCUGCAAAAGGCGAAACAGUCCUGUUAGAAGAAGUGAGGCGGUGCAAUAUCCGUCGGAAGCAAAAGUGGAGGUGGUAUGUAUCCAUCCUGUGCAAGGUGGAUGCAAGGUGAUAUGCUUGCGUGUCGAGUGCCUUGGCGCUUGGAGUUGAAUCGCUCCGCAACAUAUGUGACUUGCAGACUGGGUGCAAACGACGAUUAGGAUGCAACACGGUGACAGUAAUUUAUCUGCACAGGACCCGUACAGACUGAGAGAAGUGACUUACCAAGCGUUCAGUGCUGACCGAUGGGAUUCCUUCAUGGCGACAAGCAAUGAUGGGCAAUGAGUCCAAGACUGCAAGAGGCGGUGGGGGGCCCCGGACGGGCGACUCAACCUGCCUGUCGACACAUUGAUUGAUGGUACUGUGCAUCGGCGCAUCGCAGCAUGGGGCUCGAAGAUAUAGCAGGCUAGGGGCGUGUGGGUCCUUGGCCAGGUAGAUACGAGCAUGUACAGGGCGCAUGCCUUCUGUGCGAAUGCGGAGAACCGAUGAGAACGGCACCAGCGGCGUUGUGAGCUGUGCUCACAGUGUAACAAGCGUGCCAC